GGCGAUUAGUGCCGUCGCGAAAGUCAUUUCAUACUUUCCGCGCCACUGCGAAAACCGGCUGGCGUAAUCUUCUGGCAAUAUUGAUUUUGGACUUGCGGGACAGCGAGUCGCUCCAGCCGGCUUGUUUCGUAUUCGCGCGGGUCGUCCUCCGUUGCCCGGAUCAUCAACGUCGACGUCGACGUUUCCAGGUGGCGUGGCACUUGGAUCGAACUAUUCGAACUUCGUCACCGCCGUCAGCAUCGCUGGCCCGACUCUCCUCCCCUUUCCCAUCGCGUUCUUCACCACUUUCCUCCCCGCCGCCCCUCAUCCGCACUCAGUCCGCCACUGUCCGCGACCCGCGGCGAUCGCUCCGGGAGUCGACAACGUGGUGUUGCAUGCGUGCGUGCGUGCGUGUGUGCGAUUUCCGCGUCGACGAUUCUCGUUCGACUCUCCUCGAUUCCGCCACUCGUCGUUUCGACGCGGAGUCGAGGAACGGAAGGAUCGGCCACGCGGAAAACGCGAACGGAAGGAGUGAAAGCUGUACGCGUUAACGAGCAAGAGAAAGAGAGAGAAAGUGACAGAGAGAAAGAGCGCGGCGCCGCGGGUCCUCUUUCGCUGGUGGAAAAGAGAAAGAGAGAGGGAGAGGAACAGAAGGACGAGAAAGAGAACGAGGAGGGUAACUAAACAUGUCGCACGCGUGUCUGCGGAACGCCGUGAUCGCCGGCGGAUGGCCGACGAAGACGAUGACGGCGGCGGCGACGGCGAGACAGAGUGCCGGUAGCGGCGGCGGGGCGCUGAUUGGACGAGGGGUAGGGAUGGCGGACGUGCCGGUGCCGGUGUCCUCCAUGCCGAUGCUAGUCCAGCCACUCCUGCCGGUUAUUCAGUGUCGCGACAUGGCAUCGAGCGCGGCGGCGGUCGCCGCGGCGAGUUCGCGCGGCAAGGUCCUCACCCCGGACAACGUCUUCGAGAACCUGCGGAAGAUGGAGUACGCGGUGCGCGGGCCGCUGCUCCUUAGGGCGCUAGAGAUCGAGAAGGAGCUGAAAAAGGGUAUUAAAAAACCUUUUAAAGAGGUGAUUAAAGCGAAUGUGGGCGAUGCCCAUGCGAUGGGCCAGCAACCCAUUUCGUUCCUGCGGCAAGUGCUCACUCUAACGGUUUCGCCGGAUCUGUUGAACGAUCCAAGUUACCCGGAGGAUGUGAAGGCUCGCGCCCAGAUGGUCCUGGAAGGCUGCAAGGGCGGCAGCGUGGGCUCGUACUCGGAAUCGGCCGGCAUCGAGAUUAUUCGCAAAGAUAUUGCACGCUAUAUCCAGGAACGCGAUGGCGGUAUCCCCUGCGAUUACCACAAUAUCAUUCUCUCGAACGGCGCUUCCGACGGUAUCAAGUCAUUCCUGAAGUUAUUCAACGAAAGGAUCAAUGGCAAGCCAUCCGGCGUGCUGAUCCCGAUUCCGCAAUAUCCUUUGUACUCAGCAACUCUGACGGAGUUCGGUCUCGCCCAGAUUGGAUACUAUUUGGAUGAGGACAACAAGUGGUCGCUGCAGAUCAACGAGCUGGAACGAGCUCUAAGAGAGGUCAAGGAUACGUGUAAUCCUCGAGUGUUAGUAGUGAUCAAUCCUGGUAAUCCGACUGGUCAAGUAUUGACUCGUAAAAACAUCGAAGACGUCAUCCAGUUCGCUUAUAAGAAUCAUCUGUUCUUGCUGGCCGACGAGGUCUAUCAGGACAACAUAUACGACAAGGACAGUGCGUUCCAUUCCUUCAAGAAAGUCAUGACAGAGAUGGGCGAGCCGUAUUCGAAGAUGGAACUCGCGUCGUUUAUGUCAAUCUCGAAAGGAUAUAUGGGCGAGUGCGGAAUCCGCGGCGGUUACGGCGAGAUCAUCAACAUGGAUCCGGAAGUGAUGAAAGUGCUGUUGAAGUCGAUCUCCGCGAUGCUGUGUCCUACCGUGCUCGGUCAGGUCGUAAUGGGCGUUGUGACGAAUCCUCCGCGACCGAAUGAGCCAUCGUAUGAGCAAUUCCAGAAGGAGAAGAAGGAAACGCUGCGCUCCUUGGCAGAGAGAUCGCAGCUCGUCGUCGAUACACUCAAUAGUAUUCCAGGAUAUAAGGCAAAUCCGCCGAUGGGUGCGAUGUACGUGUUCCCGCGCUUCGAGCUGCCACCGAAGGCGAUUGAGGCGGCGCGAGCGAAGAAGCAGGAACCAGACGUUUUUUAUGCGUUCCAACUGUUAGAGAACACUGGGAUCUGCGUGAUCCCAGGUUCGGGCUUCGGCCAGCUACCUGGCACAUACCAUUUCCGGACCACGAUACUGCCGCAAAAGGAAAAAAUCAAAACAAUGCUCGAAGCACUGAAGCAAUUCCACAUCAAAUUCCUUAAGGAAUAUAGUUAA